CGGCGGCACCUCGGGGCGCGUUAAAGCCACGGGAAUCUUUGUUCGCGUUUUGUUUUCUUUGCAUGGGACACAACCGGGCUUCCCCUCCGCUUUGUCGUUGUUUUACCGCCGUGACAGCAUCACCCUCGGCUAGUAUCGGCUGGCCACCGAUGUCCCCGCAUCUUAUGGACUCCUAACAGUAGUUUUUUGGCUUUUUUUCCCUGUCGGUUGGUCCCUCUCUGACGGACGCGGCAGUCAUGUUUGCCGUGCGUAUCGUCACCGCAGACUUCUAUCUGGCAAGUCCCAUCAAAGACCUGGACGUGUGCUAUUCUGAAUUCAGGGAGAGCGACGUGAAGAAAGUGCCGGUGGUGCGGAUAUUCGGAGCAACACCCGCAGGCCAGAAAACAUGUCUCCACCUCCACGGCGUGUUCCCCUACAUCUACGUGCCAUACGAUGGCCACGGCCAACAGCCAGAGCGCUACAUGCGGCAGGUGGCCUUCAGCAUCGACAGGGCCCUCAACGUUGCCAUGGGAAACCCCGCCUCCAGCGCCCAGCACGUCUUCAAAGUGGUGCUGGUCUCUGGCAUGCCUUUCUAUGGCUACCACGCUAAGGAGAAGCACUUUAUGAAGAUCUAUCUGUACAAUCCUCAAAUGGUCAAAAGGGUGUGUGAGCUGUUACAAAGCGGAGCAGUGAUGAACAAGAGUUACCAGCCCCACGAGGGCCACAUCCCCUACCUACUGCAGCUCUUCAUAGACUACAAUCUGUACGGGAUGAACAUGAUAAACCUAGGGGCCGUCAAGUUCCGCACGGGCCAGAAAAAAGCAGUCCCAGGUAGGCAAACUCCCAGCAGUCGUCCCAGCAUCAGCCCCUGGAAGAGCCCCUGCACCUCCAAGCUCAACGACAGCACCCUGGGGGGCACGUUUGUCCGCUGGGAGGAGAACACCAUACCCUGCUCCCUAGUCCUGGAUGAGGUGGAGAAGCAGAGCACCUGCGAGCUGGAGGUUGACGCUGUUGCUGUAGAUAUCCUCAACCGCCUGGAAAUUGAAAGUCAGAUUGGCAGGAACCCGGGCCUGCAGGCCAUCUGGGAGGACGAGAAGCAGAGGAGGAGACAGAGGAACCAGGGCUCCCAGAUAGAAACCCCUGAGUCACAAGAUCGUGGCUUUGUCACUUUGACGGAGAGUGAGAAAGUCUUCAUGAAGAGAUUCAAGGAGAUCCUGCAGGAGAACAAGUUUGACGUGACACAAGAGGACCAGGACCAAGAGGAUUUUCUUGGUGAUCUCACUCUUCACGAGGAACUGCCGUGUACCUCCGCUAACAUCGUGGAGGCGCACAGGGACUUGCAACCAGACGCUGUGAAGAGCAGUGGUAAACUCCCAGAGGAGGCCAUCGUUGACGAGGAGGCCAUCUUGAGCCUCCUGGAGAACAGUCAGACCUUCCUCACGCUCUCCCAGACGUCCAGCCACUCGCCCCUGUUAGACAGCAGCCAAGACCACGCCAUCAUUGAUUUGCUGGCAGGCCUGGAGGAUGAUGGUUUUUGCAGGACCCCCGUUAGGCAGAAUUCCCAGUCCCAGUUGCUUCCCGGUGCCAGGAGCUACCACUGCAACAGCGACGAGGAGGAGGCCGGGCCAGAGCUGGACAAGGAGGAGGCCGAGCUCAGCGUGAUAAUGUCACAGCGGUGGGACAACGGGCCUCCUCAAAACUCAGCUUUAACCAGGCCCGGUGUGAAGGAAGCAGAGGACGGCUUCAGUGACGAGCAGCAGGAGUCCUCUGAUGAAGACAUGGAUUGGAGUGGGAAUAACUCUCUGUUUGCCAACCUGUCCAUCCCCCAGCUUGACGGGGCUGCAGACGAGAGCAGCGAUUCGUCCCUAACGGACAGUGGCUCCAGGACCCAGUCUUCUCUCAUAGUCACGGAAAAGAUGCUCGGGAAAAGGAAUCCCUUCUCCAGUGAUACAGUUCACCUAGAACCACCUUCCUCAGCUAAGAUCCUUCUGGAGUGCAAGCACCCAGAGCACAGACCAGUUCAUGUGCUGGACACAGAGCAACCAAUUGACAAGCACUUUCAAUCAAAAAGCAGCCAGGACAGCAGUAGUGAAUGUUCAACAGGGUUUAAGGUUAAUAAAGAAAUCCCCUACAUCCCACCAGUCAAACACCCCAUUCCCUGCAAGAUAGCCAAUCACUCUGAGGUGUCUCCUGUCUCCGAUGACAAAGAGGACAUACGACCCCUGUACACCUAUGACAAGAAAACCUCCAUAGCUUUGGAUAAGACAGAUCUAGAAAGUUUUCCAUUUGGUAACGGAAAGGUCACCAAAAACAGAAAGAAGUACGGCAGCAUAAAGAAUGUAGAAACAAACUGUCUGUCAAUUCUUCAGAACCACAGGACCUUCUCUCUCUGUUAUUCAGAGCUGAGAAACUGCUCAGCUAAGACAGAGCUGGACCUGAGCCAGAAGGACAGUAAAAGCCCCAUUCUGAGGAACAUCUCCUCAUCCCCGUCACCCAUUGAGAAGGACGAGUUUCUUCAUCCUCAGGAGGAAGAAAUGGGCCAGGACAGUGAAGAGGGAGAUGUUGGUGAACUCAAAAUCAGGUACGAGGACUAUCAGGAAAAUAAGACAGAGAGGACCAUAGUGGCCCAGCAGGAAGCACACUACAAAUUCUUCCCCAGCGUCAUUCUCUCCAACUGCCUCAGUAGGAAGAAAGCUGGGAGCAAAAAGCUGCCUGAUUCCUGCCAUGAGCUAGAACAGGCCGAGCCUCGCAGAUCUAGGCUAAAAGUGAAUAAAAAAAGGUUGGGUAUGGUAGGACCAAGGAACAUAUUAAACACAAUUGAAAGCUCUACCUCUGACAGCCAGGUUUGUACCGGCCUCACCUCAAUCACACCUGCUUGUCCAAUGACUGCAAACCCAGAGGUGCCAGUUUUGGACGAUAAACCAGUUAAAGAGGCUGAGCUAGUUAUAGAUGAUCCAGACGUACAGGGGGUGCCAGUCUCAAAGGAGGAGCCAGAGGGGGAGGAGAUAUCUGUAAAUGAACUGACAAAACCACUUUUAGAGCCCUUUGCUACCACUGUUUCAAGUUUUUCUGAAGAAGUUAAGGACUCAGCAGAGGAUGGGUUUAGCCCAUUGCAAGAUUUAUCAGCUAAAGUCACCUGUACUAAACCUUCAGCACUGCCUGGUAGUAAAUACACCCUAAGGGCCAAACGGAAGAUGAUCUAUGAUGGCGAGGAUGGAGAACACUCAGGUGCCACUCGUUCUAAAAACCCAGCCUCAGUCAAGGAGCGACUCAAGGACAUAAAUGUCCCCAGUGGGCAGGAAGUAAAAUACCAGAAACGGCGCAAGAAGGAACCCCCUAUCAUCAUCAAGUAUAUCAUUAUCAACAGAUUCAAAGGACAAAAAAACAUGCUAGUGAAGAUGUCAAAAGUUAAUCCAGCGGAGCAGUACGUUUUGCUAACGCCAGACAAGCUAGAGCAAUACAAUAAACUGGCCCCUCUCAAGGAUUUCUGGCCUAAAGUGCCAGAAUCCACUGCAGUCAAAUUUCCCGUCACUGAGCCAAAGGCCAAAAAACACCCCAAAAGAAAGGCAAAGGUUAACUCCACAAAUAAGAAAACGGCCUGCAAUGCCUCGAAACCUCGGGUCAAACAGUGUGAAAGAGUCAAAAGGAUUAAAGGCAGUCGGAGAGGCCCAGUUCUACCCUCACUACCGCCUCCUCAGCCAUGUUACUGCGAGCUAGCAGAUGACCAUGGUGUUGAGUAUACUGAUGUCAUGGUAGAGUUGGGAUACCUCUCUGAUAGAUCCCCAAGCCCUAUAGACUCAACGCCCCCAAGGUGUUGGUCCCCAAGUGACCCUCUUAUGGACAGCGGAAGUUCAGAACAGCUGAUAAAUCCACUCAUUGACCCAUGUCUUAGUUCUGCUUUUCACAAGCCGCGCACAGUGUCUUCAACCAAAGGAGCACAAGAUAAAUGUCGCACUGCCAAACCUAAGAAAUUUACAGACACUAAAAGGAAAGUGAGCAAGUCUACCACUAAACCUCCAGAGGAAGAGAAACCCAAAAAAGAGAAGCCGAAACAAAGUAGUGGUGCUGCUCCAAGGCAGAGGAAGAAAGCUAAAGAUACAACCGAAGGUACUGUCAACAGUUCUACAACCACUACAAGACCUAGAAAGUCACGCAAAAAGAAGAGCGAGGAACCGAAAAGCCAUGAGUCAACUAAAGACAGCUCCCAGCUCCUUUUCCCAGAGGAUGAGCUGCCUUCUUCUGAGAGUUCCUCUCAAGAGGUCCCCCCAUUUCAGCAGCCAGCAAGCACAAAUAGCAUCAACCAGGCACAUUCCCAGUCUACAUCUAUAUCAGACUUAGCAGCUCAGUCUAUAGAACCAAAGGUUGAGGACUGUGAAACUUCUAUCAUGGAGGUCAACCAAAGCUUUUCAGCACCAGCUCAGCUGAAGCAGCAAAGUUGCCAGACCACUGUGGUAAAAGCAGAGGAUUCACAGGAGUGCACAGCUCAUCCACCUCCUCUAGCUGGUAGACCCUUAUUGGAAGACCGUAAAGAAGCCCAACUAGCAGUAGCCUCUCCGCACUCAGGCCCUAAAAAUGGAGAAAUCCCCACUCUCUCUGAGAGUUCUCCUGGCUUGGCUGUCCUCAAGCAGCUUCUCCAGAAGAGGCAACAGGGACAGGCCCUUCCUUUACAUGUGGUUGGUACAGACAGCCACUCCACUGUCAUUGCUCAGGCCACAGCACUCCUAGAUCCCACAACUAAACCAGUUAAAUCCAGAAGAGCUCCCUCCACCACUCCUCGUAAACCCAGAAUCCCAAAAUCUACCGCUCCUAAGGACAAAAAGCCCAGAAUCAGGAAAGGCAAGGCAAGCAACACUCAGCCAAAUCUAUCUAUGAAGCAGGAUGGCAACAUGUCAGAUGACUGCCCCAUCUUCCUGUCAGACCCCGGCAUGGACAGCUGCAACUUCAUAGAGGACAGCUUGUCACCAGAGCUCCCACACAACUAUACCUUUGAUAUCAAUGCUAUUGACCAGACAGAGUUCUCCAGUCCAUACAGUGGCAGUCAGUUUGUUCUGACUGAUAAAAAUUUACCAGUUAAGUUCCUGAGUGAUGUCAGCCAGGAAGCUGUAUCUGCUCAGGGAGUGGGCUUUGAGAAGAAACUUGAUAGGCUAUUUGGUUGUGGGGACGAGCUACAAAGAUCUGACUGGCACAAAGCAAGGCCUGGCAGUCCUGACCUCUUCGAUAGACCCGACAAUGGGGAGUCUGUAUCGAACCACCUCACAUUCCUCGACACUGAGAAAAUCAAGAGCAGAGAGUGGGACUUCUCUUUAGGUAAAGCCCAUACACUCAGCCCCUUUCAAGACUUUCACUGUGAGAGAAAAGAGCUGCUCUUUUCCGUCCUCGACCCCGUACUACCUUUGCCUUUAAGUUCGGCAUCAUUCGUCGACCAUGAGGGCUCCCCAACGGGGGAGCUUCUGGAGGGCAUUGACGGACUGACGUCCACCACACCCAGUAGUUCUCCACGCUCCAUCAGCUCACUUUCCCAGGUGAGGGCAAGCCAGCUACUACGGGGGGCAGGGGGUGGAGCCCACGUUCUCAAGCCCCUCAUGUCCCCUCCAAGUCGAGAGGAGAUCCUCAGCACUCUUCUGGACCUGGAGAUGUCGGAGGCCACCUUCCAGGAGCCUUUCUGCAGCGACCCUUCUGAUGCACCAGGGAAACCAAUGGAGGUUGGCGGCCGUAAGUUAAUGGUGGGUACCCGACUGGCUAAGGAGCUCGCAGAGUUCAGUGGGGAACUGUCUUUGGAGGGGCUCCGUUUCUGGAAGACUGCCUUCUCAGCCAUGACACACCCCGCCACCACUAUUACCUCAUUUUCCCAUGCCCAGGGAGCUGAGCCCUCAGAGGCAAGUAUUGAGCAGUCCGAGCCUGACUUGUCCUCAGCCAGUGGCAAGAAGGUCAUCCUUCUGCCCUGCAAGAACCCACCAAGCCGAGAGCGUGUGCAGCUGUGGCUGGAAGCCAGGAAACAGUACGAGAGUUUACAGAAUGGGAGAAGAGAGGCAGGGCUGCUGAAGAAAGGGCCUGGGCUGGAUGUGGAGGGGAACCCAAAAGCAACCGAGCAGCUAGCUGCUUCCAGUUGUCCAGCAGUAAAGGUUGAGCUUUGCGAGAGACUCUCCAAUAUCAGGGAGCAGAGGAGAAAGAAACGCAAGCUGUCCUUAAUCAUCUCUCCCAUGAAGAAUACAGCCUAUCAGUGUAAAUCCACAGAGGUGAGUCCAACUACAGAUGAAGGCAGUGUGGAUACUGAGCAGGAGGGUGGCGAAAAUGAGGAGGAUGAUGAUGUUGAUGAUGAUGAUGAAGAUGAUGAUAAAGCCACCUCUCCAGAGUCCCCAGAGCUGCCUCCUUGGCAGCAGUCCUCUCAGCAAAGCCCCUCAGGGCCAGACCGGCUCAGCGAAAACAGGCAGAGUGAAAACUCUCCACAACCACUGUCACCUAGACUCUCUAACUCGCCGGAGAGACUAGGUGAGAAUCUCAGCCCCUCACUCCUCCAUGUCAGUAACAGGGAUGAGGGGAGGACUAGUCCCCUCCCCCUUCACAGCACCCCCUUUUUAAGGAGGCGACGGAGAAGCAGGAAAGACCUGGAGCCUAUGUGCAGCACACCCAUAUCUGAAGAAGAUCCCAUUUCUCAGAGACUUCAGCAGAAGAGGAGAAGCCAAGCAGACCCACUGAGAAGAGUGUUACUGACCACACAGAUGAAGAACCAGUUUGCUGCUUUGAACGUGCCAAAGAAAGACACUUCUCAGAUUGAAGGGCCCAGCAUAGCCAACUCUUACGGCUUCAAAAUCAGCAUGCAAAACCUGCAGGAUGCCAAAGCUCUGCAUGAGGUCCAGUACCUAACACUGAUGGGCAUGGAGCUCCAUGCGAGAACCCGACGUGACCUUGAGCCUGACCCUGAGUUUGACCCCAUAUGUGCCUUAUUCUACUGCCUCAGUUCUGAUGCUCCCCUGCUAGAUACAGACAGCACCCAGCUGACGGGUGCCAUCGUGGUGGACAAAGACCAUGACAGUUGUGUCCAAGGUCACAGAGGAACAGCACCCCUGCUGGUCAGGUCGGGCGUCUCUGGGCUGCAGGUGACGUAUGCCACUGAUGAGAAAGUCCUGUUUCAGGAGCUGAUAUCCGUCAUGAGGAGGUUCGAUCCAGACAUCCUGGUCGGGUACGAGGUGCAGAUGCGUUCCUGGGCCUACGUCCUCCAGCGGGCCGCAGCACUCGGGGUGGAUCUGUGUCAGCAGCUGUCACGAGUGCCAGGUGACUCCAAAGAGAACCGCUUCGCUGCAGACAGGGAUGACUACGGAGCCGACACCAUGACCGAGAUCAACAUCAUCGGACGCAUCACCCUCAACCUGUGGAGGGUGAUGAAGACUGAGGUGACAUUGAACAACUACAGUUUUGAGAACGUGGCCUUCCAUGUCCUGCACCAGCGCUUCCCCAUGUACAGCCCCCGCACACUGUCCGACUGGUUUGACCACAACACCGACCUCUAUAGGUGGAAGAUGGUGGAUCACUAUGUGAGCCGUGUGCGUGGCACCAUGCAGCUUCUUCAGCAGCAUGACAUCAUCGGCAGAACCAGCGAGCUGGCCAGAGUGUUUGGGAUUCAGUUCUUUCACGUCCUGACCCGAGGAUCACAGUACCGCGUUGAGUCCAUGAUGCUACGUGUGGCCAAGCCGCUCAACUACAUCCCUGUGACGCCCAGCGUCCAGCAGCGAGCCCAGCAAAGGGCACCGCAGUGCAUUCCUCUGGUGAUGGAGCCCGAGUCACGCUUCUACAGCAACUCCGUGAUUGUACUAGAUUUCCAGUCGCUCUACCCCUCCAUCGUCAUCGCGUACAACUACUGCUUCUCCACCUGCCUCGGCCACGUAGACAGCCAGGGAACGCCUGAUGAGUUUAAGUUUGGCUGCACCUCCCUGCGGGUUCCUCCUGAGCUCCUCUACCAGCUCCGCAACGACAUCACCGUGUCGCCCAACGGCAUCGCCUUCGUCAAGUCCUCAGUGCGUAAAGGCGUACUGCCCAGUAUGCUGGAGGAAAUCCUCAACACGCGCUUCAUGGUGAAGCAGACGAUGAAAACCUACAAGCAGGACAAGGCCCUGAUGAGGCUGCUUGACGCCCGGCAGCUCGGACUCAAGCUCAUCGCCAACGUCACCUUCGGCUACACCGCCGCCAGCUACUCUGGACGCAUGCCGAGCGUGGAGGUUGGAGACAGUAUCGUCCACAAAGCCAGAGAGACCCUGGAGAGAGCCAUCAGGCUGGUCAAUGACACUAAGAAAUGGGGAGCGCGUGUCGUGUACGGAGACACCGACAGCAUGUUUGUUUUGCUGAAAGGAGCCACCAAAGAGCAGGCCUUCAAGAUCGGCAACGAGAUCGCAGAGGCAGUGACUGCAACCAACCCCAAACCAGUCAAGCUCAAGUUUGAGAAGGUGUACCUGCCCUGCGUGCUGCAGACAAAGAAGCGCUACGUGGGCUACAUGUAUGAGAGCCUUGACCAAAAGGAGCCCGUGUUUGACGCCAAAGGGAUCGAGACGGUGCGCCGUGACGGCUGCCCCGCUGUUUCCAAGAUCCUGGAGCGUUCCAUUAAGCUGCUGUUUGAGACUCGGGACAUCAGCCAGGUGAAGCAGUACGUGCAGCGUCAGUGUGUGAAGGUCCUGGACGGCCGGGCCAGCAUGCAGGACCUGACCUUCGCCAAGGAGUACCGGGGCAGCGGCUCGUACCGGCCCGGAGCCUGCGUGCCUGCCCUGGAGCUCACCAGGCGUAUGAUGGCAUACGACCGCCGCCUGGAGCCGCGCGUUGGCGAGCGGGUGCCUUACGUGGUCGUAUACGGGAUGCCCGGGGUGCCCCUCAUCCAGCUGGUGCGUCGGCCCAUGGAGGUGCUGCAGGACCCCAGCCUCCGCCUCAACGCCACCUACUACAUUACCAAGCAGAUCCUGCCGCCACUGGCCCGCAUGUUCCAGCUGAUCGGAGUGGACGUGUUCAGCUGGUACCAGGAGCUCCCCAGGAUCCAGAAGGCGUCCUGCUCCUCCGCAAUGGGUGGAGAGGAAGUGGGGAGGAAAGGAACCAUUUCCCAGUACUUCACCACGCUUCACUGCCCUGUGUGCGACGAGCUGACCCAGCUGGGCGUGUGCUUGCGGUGUCGAGCCGAGCCCCAGCGAGUCGCGGUUACACUCUACCAGGACAUGAGACAGUGGGAGAGUCAGCAAGACCAGCUGUUGAAGAUCUGUAGGAACUGUAGCGGCUGUGCAGAGCGGCAGGUGCCCUGUGUGUCCCUGGACUGUCCCGUCCUCUACAAACUGUCCCGGGUCAACAGACAGCUCUCCAAGGCCCCCUACCUCCGACAGCUGCUGGAGCAGUUCUGAUUGGCUCCCGAAAAUCCAGGAGCUCCAUGCUGAUUUGGUGCUAAUUGCUGCCCCCGCCCUCCCCUGGCCCUGGUGUUUCAUUGUCCUUUCAGUUGUAAUCGUUUAAAUGGUGCUUUGAUUGGACCCUGUCGGGUUUCCAUCCCGUCUUGUAACUGUUAUUUGUUCUCCAGUGUUUCUCUGCGUGUGCAGACCGUCUGGUCAGAGCCUCCUGUGGGGAGGGCUCAUGUUUGUCUUCAUGCUUGUUUGCUGCCGUCUCCAUUAGCUGCUAUGGGCCGAGCGAAGCUGGCGUCUUCGGUGACACAGCGACCGACUGCCUGUCAUGGAACUGAGUGCAGGCCAAUCAAGGAUGACUUGUUGUAUCUCGUAUGCGCUGUAGCAGUUUGAAGUCAUUUGGUUUUGAAGGAGCUUCCUUUCAAAUCUCAAGACAAACUACAUUCAAACCACUAAUUGACUUUUCUUCAUUUUUAUAUCGACUGCAGUUUUUGUAAAUAGUUCCUGUAUAGCUCCAUCUAUAAUCUCACUGUGCAUUAGCAUUAAAAAAGACAAAAGCUCCGGCCAUGAAUGCAAUCCAAUCUGUUCUGUCCUUCUGCAUUCUGAUAAAGGAUGAUUCAUGUUCCUUUUAACCUUGAUUGUAUUGAUGUCCAUUUUUGGAAGAUUUGACGUGCUCUCCUCAGAGUGUGGGAACUGGAAACCAUUUCAAGUUUUUAUUUUUUAAAAAUCUGGGACUGUUGCAAUACUGUAUUUUGAUAAUUUAUGUCAUGAAGAGUCUAUUGUUUCCUUGUGCAUAUACAGUUGUGUGUUUCCAAUUUUCAGUGCAAAAAAAACAAAAAAAAAA